CACAAUGGGCGUGACGUCACUCGUCCUAGCAGAGGAUACGGAGGGACGGUGUAGGUCGAAGUGAAAUAUUUCGUGCAAAAUGUUUGCUGUGCUUGCCCGUUCCGGUGUGAACGCACUACGAGCCGCCACCAUCCCCAAAAAUGCAGUUCUUCCAAUUGCAACUGCCUCUGCGCGGCAGAUGUCCAAGCACAGCCAGGAGACAGAUGAGGAGUUUGACGCCCGCUACGAAGCGUACUUCAACCGCAAAGACAUUGACAGCUGGGAGAUUCGCAAGGCCAUGAACGACCUACAGGGAUUUGACGUGGUACCCGAACCCAAAAUCGUCAUCGCAGCCCUAAAGGCUUGUCGACGGCUCAACGACUUCGCUCUGGCUGUUAGAUUCCUAGAGUCCAUUCAGUACAAGUGUGGCAGCAAGGUGAAGGAGAUCUACCCAUACAUCCUUCAAGAGAUUCGCCCUACUCUCACUGAAUUGGGCAUCAGCACCCCCGAGGAGCUAGGAUACGACAAGCCCGAGUACUACGUGCCUCUGGACUAUGAGACGUAGAGGUUUGGACUGCAUGCUGGAAGAAUGGUACCUGCCACGGCUUAGUCUGCACAAUUGUUUUUCUGCUGCAUAGGCUUAACAAAAUAAAUGAAGCACUGGCAAGAGUU